GUAGAGUGCCGUGCUGGAUUGGGUGCCUCCUUGCAGCAUGCGCAAAGCGAGCCGGCGGCACAGAAACGGGAACACGGCGACUCGUCUCGAGUGGGGGGGCACAGUAUGUACACACUCCCCAUACAUGCCACGCCGCAACCAGCACGCCAGUCAACCAACCACAACGAAGACGUCUCUCACUCACUCGCCACUUGCAUCCUUUCUCCUCCAUCCGCUCCCUCCUCCUCGUCGCCAUUGCUCUUAACCACCUCCUCCUCGGCCCCCACAUACGCUACGACUCUCACUUGAUUGUUCAUACCUCCAAGCAGCUUGCUCCAGCCCAACCCACUGUUCGAUAGGAUCCAUUCACCUGUUGCUCUCCCUCGCUUCGCGCAUCGUCACCAUGAGGACCACCUUCGUCUCUCUCACCGCCCUCGCGCUCUCCAGCCUCGUUGCAGCAGCCGCCUCUGGUGGCGGAUUGGCCAACGUUGAAGCGCACAAGCGUAGGAUCGAGAGCCGCGCUGCCGCCAAACAGGCCUCAGCCAGUUCCAGUGCCCCCGCUGACGUCGCCGCCUCCAUUGCACAGGCCGUCACGCAGUUUCAGGCGGCGCAGCUUGUUCCCAAGCCCAUCCAGCAGGCCUGGCUCAAUCCCCUCGCCGCACUGACGAUCAGCUACGACGGCAAGCCCGCUGUGCUCGGCAGCAAGCAGGCCGUCGCAGACUUGCAGUCGCGCCCGAUCUACUCGCUCAACUACACCAGCUCCGCCUCGGCCGAUGCGGCCGCCUUUACCAACAGCGCCAAGUUCACCGUCAUGUUCAUCGACGCCAGCUUCGUCGGCGAUAACUCCAUCGGCAACAAUGUAACCCGUCACUACCUCGGCAACGACUACACAAUUGACACACAGACGGGCGCCCUGCAGGGCGGCACACCGAUCACCAAGUACGCGGCCCCUCUCCCUAAGAGCGGCGACCCCCCGCACCGGUACAUGCAGCUCGUCUGGGCGCAGCCGGCGUCCUUCAAGGCGCCUGCACUGCCCGCCGAGGGCUCGGGUGUCGAGUCAUGGGACGUGUCGUCGUACGUGACCCAGGCGGGCCUGCAGCACAUUGUCGCCCUGAGCUACAUCCAGGUGCAGGUCGGCACCUCUUCGCAGGUGGCCGCGACGUCCGCGCCGGCGGCGGCCAGCGUCGCGUCGGCCAGCGCGAGCGCCCUCGCUGCGCUCAGUGGCAGCUCGACCACUGCGCCAUCCGCGACGUCCACCGGUGCCAAUGGCUCCAAGAAUGCCGCGGUCAGCACCCUCCCCGCCGCGUCGCUCGCGCUCGUCCUCGCCGGCUUUGGUGCCGCGGGCGUCUUGGCGCUCUGAGCAACUGGGGCUGUCCGCAUCGUCUGUCUUGGCUGCACGCUGCUGGUCAGCGUGCAUGCGUAUCGCGAGCGCGCUGCCCACUUCUUUUCGUGCUUGACAUGCAGCUCGCUCCUCUUCUCGUGCUACCCCUGGACAGCCAGCCAAUCAAGCAAGCAAUGCAGCCAGGUUGCUGCCGCUCAUUUUUUCAUGCCUUGGUUUCCCUCUUGUUGCUCGAGCCCUCUUGAGGAGUUGUUGGCGUCGUUAUGCUGCUGCCUCCGAGAAGGCUAGUCUGUUGCCAUGUACGGCUCGGCCCGUUCGCGCUGCAGCGGACCACUCCAUCUUGCCGGGCGCUUUUCUCCCAUCUCAUCCGCUUGGGCAAUCACCAACUCAUCAACCCUGGUCUUCUCCCUCGAGAGGAUGCAGCGCCACCGAAUGACCGACCCCCCGACCGCCGCUUCGUAACCCUUGUGUAUCGCAGUCAUCUAUAUGCAGUGCAUGAACAUUGGACCUGUU